AUGCCCAGGCGCCGGCAGAUCGAGGGGUCACUCAAUACAGCAAGGGCGACAGCAGAGCUGUUGCGAUCUUUGAUCACCAGGAAAGGGCACUCAGACGCCACAAGCCUCUUAAGCGAUGUACGCAUUUGGGGUACUCAGCUGCAGGCUGCCAAGCCUUUGGAGCUUGCUGUGGGCAACAUUGUGCGCCGAGUGCUGCACAUGAUCCGCGAGGAGUCCCAGAACGUACGCUCCAUAUAUUGUUUGGCUUCCAAUCUCAUGGUGGAUGACCUUCAUGUCAAGCCCAUGCCUCAACUUAGCUCUCAAGCAGGCAGAGCCUUCCGGCAGCCGCCGCCCAGGAGUGCCUCGCUACACAACCUUCUGGACUUGCAGCACGAUGAUGUCUCGGCGGCAGCUGCGCCGUCGCAGCAGGCACCGGACAGUCAGGACGCGGCGCAGAGCGGGGCGCAGCGGCGGAGAGGCGGCCACUGGGAGGGCAAAGCCAGCAUCAUUGACCAGCUCAACGAGCUGGUUGGGGAACUGCGAGACAUUGACAGCAACAUUGCCCUGCAUGCGGUGGAGCACAUCCAUGCAAACGAGUCCAUCCUGACAUUCGGAAUGUCCGACACGGUGCUGGCUUUCCUGCUGGAAGCUGCCAAGAAGCGCGACUUUCAGGUGGUGGUGGCAGAGGGUGCCCCUAGGUAUGGCGGUCAGGAGCUGGCGAGGAAAUUGGCCCAGGCAGGGCUGCAGACCACAGCCAUCCCCGACGCAGCCAUCUUCGCCAUGAUGGCGCGCGUCAACAAGGUGCUGGUGGGAGCGCAUGCACUGCUGGCGAACGGGGGUGUGAUGACGGGUGUGGGCAGCCACCUGGUGGCGCUGGCUGCCAAGCGGCACGCGGUGCCCUUUGUGGUGCUCGUGGGCCUGCACAAGCUUUCACCGCUCUUCCCCCACGACCCCUCCGUCUCCUUCAAUGACUUCAAGUCUCCCUCGGAUGUCAUGGACUUCAGCAUGGUAGCAGAGGUGCUGGAUGCAGAAGAGAGCACAGCGAGUGUCUCUGAGGAGCAGCUUUAUGUGCAUGCACCAAACCCGGUGUUUGACUAUGUGCCACCGGAGCUCAUUUCACUCUUUGUCACAGACACAGGAGGCUACACUCCCUCCUAUGUCUACCGACUGUUGGCAGAGUACUACUCCAGGGAGGACUAUACGCUGAGUAGAGAACUCUUGGAUACAAUUGUCCGAUGA